AUGCAAUCCGUCUCGGGUGAUAAUAAUGAACCUGAUCAGUACAGUCCUCGAUUCGUCACCGACACGCAACUCCCUCAUGAAGCAUUUGAGUUUUCGUACACGAAUGACAAUGAAGUAUAUCAAAAAUUGCUCUCAGUGAAAUCAACAGCCAUUGGUGCCGAUGGUAUAAGUAUCAGCAUGCUGCUGUACAGCUGUCCUAUAAUUUUAUCAUAUCUCACGCAUAUUUUAAUUAUUGUCUAA